GAGGUCAUGAAAUGGCUUAACGUCGUUGAUCCAGCCUCCAAUUUUUCUUAUGCACUCGCUCUCCGUGAACCCGGAACGGGUAAUUGGCUUCUUAAGGGACCCGAGUACAUAGAUUGGAAGGGUGGUCGAGGGGGAGUCCUCUGGCUUUAUGGAAUACGUAAGUGUACAGAUAAGUGAAAUUUUAUGUUCGCGGAAUGUGACUAAUAUUUGCAUCUUGUAGCUGGGUGCGGUAAAAGUGUCCUAAGGUACGAACUCAGCAAGGUAUCCAGAGGCAGAAUAUUAUUUUCAGAUCGCUAACCUUCUUUUUAGCGCUAUCGCCAUUGAAGAUGUCAAAAAUCUGUGCGCCGAGAAAGACGAUCAUGCACUAGCCUACUUCUACUUUACCUUCACCGACUCGGAGAAGCAAAAUUUUCUCAACAUGCUUCUAUCGAUCAUUGGCCAACUACUGGAAGGCAUUUCGGGCCAUGGUUUCCCCAACGAGGUUAUAGAUCUAUACCACAAUUCCAAGGCAAUUGGAAAGUCAACAGAUAUCGAGGCGCUGAAAUCUGCAUUUUUGCAUAUGGUAAAGCAUUCCAAAAAGACAUUUAUCAUCCUUGACGCCUUAGAUGAAUUUCCCAAGGAAACACGGGAGAGUCUCCUAUCCUGGAUUCGCGAACUUACCGUUGGUCACGACGCAGGAUCGCUUUCCAUUCUCAUCACCAGUCGUCCCGAAGCCGAUAUAGAGAAAUCCCUAGAACCACUUACCACUUUUUCAAUAUCGUUACAAUCCAACAUUAUCGAUCCGGAUAUCCGGUCAUAUAUACGGAACUCCCUGGGCGAUAGGGAUGGUCUCAAGGAAUUUACCAAAGAAAUUAAGAGUGAGAUAGAGGAUACACUGGUUUCUCGUUCACAAGGAAU